UUAACUAUAAGGUAAAAACUAACAAUUACAGUAGUUGUUAAAAAUAAAACAGGUUAUAAAAGCCACCGAAGUUUAACCUCCAAAGUCUCUACAGCAAGUGGGUGGUAGUUUUACACUAGCGGGGUACACAGUUCAAAUUUUCACACAGGUUAAUAAUACUACCACCCAUCACAAUCACAGAACUACCAUUCAUAAUUGGUAUGGCAGGGAAGGGUGGGUUUGAAGAGCGACCCGGAUUGCCCAGGGGUCUUUUCUUGCAAGACGACUUUAUUAGCCCGGAGCAUGAGGAGCAACUGGUUCACACCUUUCUCAAUGAACUGAAAUGGCCCCAAAAGACCAACAGUCGCCUGUCAUUACACUAUGGCUACACGUUUGACUACAAGACCUUUGGGGUAGACCCGGAUAUCCCAUAUAAAGAGUUUCCCGACUGGCUCAUACCAUUAAUCCCCACAACGGAGGCUCGACCACCUGACCAAGUCUGUCUACAAUACUAUCCGCCAGGGACAGGGAUCCCGCCACACGUUGAUGCUCAUCAGGCCUGGGACCAACUGUACGCGCUGUCUAUCGGGUCGCCAACCUUGAUGCAAUUUCGUAACGGAGAUGAGCGCGUUGAUAUAGACCUAGUGCCGCGGGGGAUGAUGAAGAUGACUGGAGAUGCAAGGCUGCACUGGACUCAUGGCAUUAAAAAGAGAAAGACAGACAUUCUGGCAGACGGGACAGUCAGGCUUCGUGAGAAUAGGUGGAGCAUUACGUAUCGCUGGAUCAGGGAGGGGGACUGCGAAUGUGGAAAUGUUAUAUUGUGUGAUAUUGCUCAGCAGCGACUUGGGAUUGAAAAGGAAAAAAGGUCUGCAGUAAAACCUGAUACAAGAAAAUAAAGUAAAUAUAUUUUAUUAGCGGGAUAACCCUCUGA